UCUAUAGACUCUCUCGGUCUGUUUCUCUCUCUAGGAGAGGACGAAGACGACGAAGAAGACAACAACCAAGCAUAACCUACAAAGAUAUGGUGUCGACGCGACGAAGUGGAUCUAUAUCCAACAAUAACAGCAACAACAACAAGCGAUCAUCAUCUUCAGAACAGAAACCCCCGUCUCCCAAACGUCAAAAGGCUGAUAAUGGAGGUGCAUCGGAGAAAUCGACGCCACAAGAGCCAUCACAGCCUGCGGUGGUGGAGAAUUCCAAAGAGUUGAGUUCGCCGACGGCAGUGGAUCCACCAGAAAAUGCCGCCGCAAGUUGUCCACGGAAGGAUGGGAGCGGUGAAGGGGAGGUGGUAAGUGCAGGGAAGGCGGAGGCGGCUCCGGCUGCUUCCGUCGUCACUCCGAUCGCUCAAGCGUCAGUGCCAGUUUUACCGGAGAAGCCGAGAAGCUCAUUUUCUUCAUGGAAGCAGCAAAAUCAGAGCUGUGAGACGGCCACACCUUGGUGCAGGCUGCUUGCUCAGACGUCAUUGAAUCAAACAAUGACUGUUUAUACAACCAAUUUUUUAGUUGGAUCAAGCAAGAAUGCUAAUCUUUUGAUCAAGGAUAUAAGUGCGAUUCUUUGCAUUAUCAAGCUCAAUGAGCGGGAAGACAGUUCUGUCGCUGUGCUUGAAAGCAAGGGAAGCAAAGGAUCCGUGCAUGUUAAUGGGAAGACUAUUAAGAAGGGUACAACCUGUGUUUUGAAUUCAGGAGAUGAAGUGGUCUUUGGUCCUCUUGGGAAUCAUGCUUAUAUAUUCCAGCAACUACCGUGUGAUGUCUUGUUAAAAACACAUACAUCUGUUCGUGGUGGAGACCUGAAAAUGCUGCAUAUUGAGAGACGUGCAGGGGACCCAUCAGCAAUUGCUGGUGCUUCUAUAUUGGCGUCUCUAUCAAAUCUGAGACCAGAUUUAUCUCGUUUGAAACCUGCUUCUCAAACUGCUCCCAAACCUUAUCCGGGUACGGAGCUUCGUCAUCCUAAUCAUGAUGAUGAGGUUGAUGGUCUUGAAGUAACUUCAGCUACCAACACUGCUAAUGAUAGUGCAUCUGAAAUUGGAGCUACAAGCAAGAUCACGCCUCUUGGCAGCAGCCUAGACCCUAGUAUUACUGAAACAGGAAAUGCGCUGGAAACAAGGGAGUGGACCAGGGAUCCUUUACCUCCAUCAGCACCAGGAAUGUCUGUAAGAUCUGCAAUGUUGAAGGAAGAGAUUCUUGCUGGGAUUAUUGAUGGGCGAGAAGUUGAAGUUUCUUUUGACGACUUCCCAUAUUAUUUAAGUGAGAACACCAAAAAUGUGCUUAUUGCAGCUUCUUAUAUACACUUGAAGCAUAGAGACCAGGUUAAAUAUGCCUCUGAACUCCCUACUGUGAAUCCUAGAAUCUUGCUUUCUGGUCCCGCAGGAUCUGAAAUUUAUCAGGAGAUGCUAGCAAAGGCACUUGCUCGGUAUUAUGGCGCUAAACUGCUUAUAUUCGAUAGCCAUUCGUUCCUGGGUGUAAGAUUUAAUAUGUCUGAUGGUUUAUCAUUGAAAGCUGAGCUACUGAAAGAAGGAAGCACCAGCAAUGUUCCUAAGCAAAGUCCUGGUGCCGCUACUCUGUUGACAGGCACUGCAAGUACCUCUAGUGAAUUAGAUGUUCCAGGAAAUGAAAAUGCUUCUUCAUUACCCCUUGAACCACAACAGAAAAUGGAGAUCGACUUUGUCCCCCCUGCUGCAGGAACCUCUAAAAGCCCAACAUUCAAAUUGGGUGACCGCGUAAAAUUUAUAGGUCCUGCUUCUGGAGUCAUAUACUCUUCUUCAUCUACUUCAAGGGGUCCAACUUCUGGAGCUCGUGGGAGGGUUCUCCUACCAUUUGAAGACAAUUCUCUCUCAAAGAUUGGUGUGAAGUUUGAUAAACUCAUUCCUGAUGGGGUUGAUUUUGGGGGACUCUGUGAUGGGGGUUAUGGAUAUUUUUGCUCUGCUAAUGAAAUUCGCUUGGAUUCAACCGGUGUAGAAGAUCUGGAUAAGUUACUCAUCAGCACCUUGUUUGAGGUUGUAUCCAGCGAGAGUCGGAAUCUUCCUUUUAUUUUGUUCAUGAAAGAUGCAGAGAAGUCCAUUGUUGGGAGCUCGGAAUCAUAUUCCACAUUCAAAACCAGGCUUGAAAAACUCCCAGACAAUGUUGUCGUAAUUGGUUCACAUACUCACACUGACAAUCGCAAAGAAAAGUCACAUCCUGGCGGUUUGCUUUUCACAAAAUUUGGCAGCAACCAAACCGCUCUGCUUGACUUGGCUUUUCCGGAUAGUUUUGGGAGACUACAUGAAAGGGGGAAGGAGGUUCCUAAGGCGACUAAACUUUUAACAAGACUUUUUCCUAAUAAAGUGACCAUUCACAUGCCUCAGGAUGAGGGCCUCCUUGCUAGUUGGAAGCAGCAAUUGGAUCGAGAUGCUGAAACUUUAAAGAUGAAGGGAAAUCUGAAUAAUCUACGUAAUAUCCUCAAUCGGACUGGCUUAGAAUGUGAUGGGCUUGAUACGUUGUGCAUAAAGGAUCAAUUACUUACAAAUGAAGGUGCUGAGAAGGUCGUUGGAUGGGCUCUAAGCCAUCAUUUAAUGCAGCAUGCUCAAGCUGAUCCAGAUGCAAGACUUGUUCUUUCAAAUGAGAGCAUACAGUAUGGUAUUGAAAUCCUCCAAGCAAUCCAGAAUGAAUCCAAGAGCUUGAAGAAGUCUCUAAAGGAUGUCGUGACGGAAAAUGAAUUUGAGAAAAGGCUUCUAGCUGAUGUUAUACCUCCUAGUGACAUUGGAGUAACUUUUGAUGACAUUGGAGCACUGGAAAAGGUCAAGGAUACAUUGAAAGAGUUGGUGAUGCUCCCUCUUCAAAGACCCGAGCUUUUCUGCAAAGGCCAAUUGACCAAGCCAUGCAAGGGCAUCCUUCUGUUUGGGCCUCCUGGAACCGGAAAGACCAUGCUUGCUAAGGCCGUGGCUACUGAAGCUGGUGCUAACUUCAUAAAUAUAUCCAUGUCGAGCAUCACAUCAAAGUGGUUCGGUGAGGGUGAAAAGUACGUGAAGGCUGUUUUUACGCUGGCUAGCAAGAUUUCUCCAAGUGUCGUCUUUGUGGAUGAAGUGGAUAGCAUGUUGGGGCGGAGGGAGAAUCCGGGUGAACAUGAAGCCAUGCGUAAAAUGAAAAAUGAAUUCAUGGUGAAUUGGGAUGGUUUACGCACAAAAGAUACAGAACGGGUUCUUGUACUCGCAGCCACAAAUAGACCUUUUGACCUUGAUGAGGCGGUUAUUAGAAGGCUUCCCCGUAGAUUGAUGGUGAAUUUACCAGAUGCUCCCAAUAGGGCAAAGAUCUUAAAGGUUAUACUAGCAAAAGAAGAUUUGUCUCCUGAUAUAGAUUUGGAUGCAGUUGCAAGCAUGACCGAGGGGUAUUCUGGAAGCGACCUUAAGAAUCUAUGUGUUACUGCUGCACAUCGCCCGAUUAGAGAGAUCAUCGAGAAGGAAAAAAAGGAGCAUGCUGCGGCUAUAGCAGAAGGGAAGCCGACUCCAGCUCUAAGUGAAAGUUCUGAUAUCCGGCCUUUAAACUUGGAGGACUUUAAGUUUGCUCAUGAACAGGUAUGUGCGAGCGUGUCAUCGGAGUCGGUAAACAUGAAUGAGCUAGUGCAAUGGAAUGAACUGUAUGGAGAGGGAGGAUCAAGAAGAAAAAAGGCACUGAGCUACUUCAUGUGAUUCUUCUUGCUCUUCUUCAUGGGAUAACCCUUGAUGGAAGAAAAAAGGAAAAGGAUGUUUGUAAAAUUGAACAAGUAUAGGUCUCUCUCUCUCUUUCUUCUUCUUAAGUUAAGAAGUGAAGUGAAGUGAAGUAGUAGUUUUGUUCUUGUUGUGAGAUGGUUGUGGCAUAAAGGCUGCUUUUUGGCUUUUGUUUUGUUUCUACCCCCCCAUCUCUUUUGCACCCUUAUUUCAUUUGACUCACUCACUCACACCAAUAAAAUUUAGUAUAUUCUAUC